GGGGGAUAAAGGCUCCGUCCGUCGGGCUUCGCGUCUGCUCCAGUCGCUCCCAUGGCCGACAGCGGGCAGCUGGCGCCCUAUUCCAAGCCGUCUCUCCCAUUUACUGGCCCUAUUCUUGGCGGUCUUCGUGAUGGAUUGAUGGUUAUCAUCAGUGGAACUGUUCAUCCUACAUGUGACAGCUUCAAGAUAGACUUUCAGUGUGAAUCCUGCCCAAGUCCUGAUGUUGCUUUUCAUUUUAACCCACGAUUUGAAGAGGGUGGAUGUGUGGUUUGCAAUACUUUUGAAAGACAGAAUUGGGGAAGAGAGGAGAGGAAAGAUGAAAUGCCUUUUUUAAAAGGUCACCCCUUUGAGAUUCGGGUUUUGGUAAAACACGACUCAUUCCAGGUUGCUGUAAAUGGAAAGCACUUCGUGGAGUACAAGCACCGGAUUCCACUUUCCAAAGUGAACCACCUUAGUGUGUCUGGGGGUGUGGAUGUGGCAAUCAUCCGCUUCCAAGAUACUGCUACCCGAGGUGCUUGGAGUCCUAGAGCAGCUGGGAUCUCAAAUCCUUUUUUCCCACCUGGACUAUAGGAGCCGCAAACUUAUAUUAUGAACAAACAGGAAAAUGAAGGCGAAGACAACUGAGUUAGCUGCAGAAGCCAAUAUUUUGAGUUUCUCAUGUUAAUUAGUCAAUUUAUUUUUUGUUUUUUUUAAAUAUUUCAUUUAUCUAUUUUAGUUAUAAACAAUUUUAACAAAAACAACCUGAUUUUAAAAAGCUUGAAUGUUUAACUAAAUUCAAAAAUUCAUAUGCUUGUUUUGUUAAAAUAUUAUGUGUUUACUGUUGAAGAAAAAAAUCCAGAAUACAUAACAUUGUUGUCUUAGUUAAAUAAAACAAUUUACAUGUCUAUCUGGUGAUGUUCUCCUCCUAAUACAGCAUGGCAAGAAAAUCCUCCAAAUAUUAAUGAUUAACCCAUUGAAUUGGAGAUAGUUCACCUCCCAAUGACUUCAUAAAUAUCUGCUUCAAUUACCUUUGGUAAAUGAAAUAACCAACCAAUCAUUCAUUUUCUGAUAUAGCUUUAAAACUAAUCUGAAAAGUUUUCAAAGUAAAUCACUUAAAAAUGUAUAGUGUGUACCUUCUAAAAAUGAAACCUACAUCUAUCUCUGAGUUGUGAAGAAUAUGUAUUAAGGUUAUAACAACCAACAAGAAUGCACUUUUAUGUAGAAAUCCAUGAUUAAAUCGAGUCUUCCUGACUAGUGAUUUAAAUCAUGAUUUAAAUUAAAUUGAUUUAAAUCAAAUACACCCUCGGACAUGGAGACCAAUCUAUUCUCUCUCUCUGACACACACACACACACUGCUCUCUGCAGAGUCAGCUUAGAGCAUGUUGGUGAUGUAGGGAAGCUUGGACAAGCACUCCCUGCUGCACCUGUUCUAUGGAGGAUGGAGCCCAACAUGGACCAUUUAUAUCCAGAUCCAAGCGUUGCCAGGGUUCUGGCUUAUUUGGAUCUGGGGUUUUUGUUUGGUCUUUUACAGCGAAAGGAGGACUGGCUACACUCUGCCGGAGGUCAUGGGUGUUCAGAUGUGAUGUUAUGGUUUGGGCCCCUCUCUAAGUGAAUGUUUCAUGAAAAACAAUAACUCAGGGGGUGCAUAAUGACAUUAGAAGUGAAUUUCAGCUCCUAAAGUCGUGUGCUGUUCUG